CCGCGCCAUGGAGCGCCGCGUCGCCCGCGAGUUCCGGCACAAGGUCAAUCUAUUAAUUGACAAUGAAGCAGAGAAGGAUUACCUUUAUGACGUGCUGCGGAUGUACCACCAGUCUAUGAAUCUCCCAGUGCUUGUGGGGGACCUAAAACUCGUGAUUAAUGAACCAAGCAGGUUGCCUUUGUUCGAUGCUAUCCGCCCACUCAUCCCAUUAAAACACCAGGUGGAAUAUGAUCAGCUUACACCCAAACGAUCGCGAAAGCUAAAAGAGGUGAGAUUGGAUCGAUUGAAUCCUGAAGGGCUUGGAUUAAGUGUAAGAGGUGGAGUGGAAUUCAGCUGUGGCCUCUUCAUCUCCCAGUUAGUUAAAGGAGGACAGGCAGAUAAUGCUGGACUUCAGGUUGGGGAUGAGAUAGUGCGCAUCAAUGGAUAUUCCAUUUCAUCAUGCACACACGAAGAAGUCAUAAACCUCAUUCGUACAAAGAAAAUUGUGUCCAUAAAAGUCAGACAUAUUGGCAUGAUCCCUGUCAAAAGUUCACCAGAUGAACCUCUUAAAUGGCAAUAUGUGGAUCAGUUUGUGUCAGAGUCUGGGGAAGGAAAGGGCAGUGUUGCUGGACUUGCUUCUUCUGGAGGGCGAGACAGUAAAGAGAAGAAAGUCUUCAUUAGCUUGAUUGGUACAAAAGGCAUGGGAUGCAGUAUUUCCAGUGGUCCAACACAAAAACCAGGCAUUUUUAUCAGCAAUGUUAAGCCAGGUUCUCUUUCAGCAGAGGUGGGCUUAGAGGUUGGUGAUCAGAUUGUUGAGGUGAAUGGAGUGGACUUUUCUAACGUGGAUCAUAAAGAGGCUGUCAGAGUGCUCAAGAGCAGCCGUACUUUGACAAUCUCUGUGGUAGCAGGCGCUGGCAAGGAGCUGUUCAUGACUGAAGAAGAAAGGCAAAGAGAAGCACGUCUCCGUGAGCAGGAACGCCAGGAGCUAAUGCAUCAGAAGCGGCUCGCACUGGAGACCAACAAAAUCAUCAAAGAGCAGCAAGAGAAAGAGAGAUUAAGAAAGCUGGAGAUUUCCCAGAAAGCUGCAGAGGAAGAAGAGAGAUAUCGCAGAGAGAUAGAGCAGAUAACAGCAGAGGAAGAGAAAUUUAAAAAGGAGUGGGAAGAAGACUGGGGUCCUAAAGAACCACCCAAGUCUCUAAAAACUGUAACUGCAGAAGUGCAUUCUGCCCCUCGAUCCAAACACAAAAAAGGUUUAAAGGGAGUUGCACAUGACCAACUUGAAACAGAUGACAUGGAUGAAGUGAACGUGAAGCAGGACAAACAGCUUUUGGAUGGUUUUAUCGGUAUGAAGGAAAAUUUCCCACAAUCCGUAAGGUACAAAGUUUGAAAUGUGAAUUUGUUUGCUGUGUGCAUGUUUGAAUUUGAAUUCCUCAUUUUCCUUCUUCUCUGCUAUUAGUAAACAUUCUUUAUACGCAAAUGCUCCUACUUUUAACGUGUGCACAAAUUAAGAUGCCUUUGGGAUGUGUGUGUCUAGGACUUUGUCUUUUUGAGUCCUUCAGGCUCUGAGUUCGGCCAUGUGCAGAGGGAAUUGUAUAACAAUACAUUGCAGGUGUUUAUUACAGGUGGGCAAGGCAUGUCUUCAUGUUCUCCUGAAAUCCUUAGAAUCAUGUGUAUAAAAACAGUAGACACAAAAAUUAUACAGUUAUACUUUUCCAAAUCUCCCCGGAGGAGUGCUGAAGGCAAAAGGCUUUUAGUCAUGCACAUACGAGCAAAAAAAAAAUUUAACAAUCUUUAAACUGAUAGAAUAAUUCUGUGUCCCCAGAGAUGCUGCUGAAGUAUUGCAAUUUCAAUUUAUGAGAGUUUCAAGUAAUAUUUUAUACUUGCUGUUGUUUCCUUCUCUUUCUUUCUUGCAAUGUAUAUUAGCCGUAUUAUAGAGGCAUUGCUGUUGUGUUGUGUGCUUUCGUGGUGAGGUUUUUGGUAAUUAACUGUGGUAAAAGUGCCAUGAAUAUUUUGUGAGUGUAUCUGGCAAGAGCUCAAUGUUUCAGAGGAGGUCAGGGUUGUUUCUGACAGAUUAAGUAUUUGUGUCACUGUUCAGAACUAUUACUUUGACCUUUGUGUGCCAGGCAUAUACCUAUUCCCCUUAAAAGAGACCAGGAGAAGAUGGUGCAUUCCAAUACCUUUUUGUACUGCUAGUACAAAAUCAUCAAGGAUCUGUAACCUGUGUGAAAACCAGGGCAGUUAGGAUUUUUAUCUGAAAAUUAUAAAUGCAUGCUGUGGAAAUUCUUCACACAAAGAGGGUAAUAUUUGGUGUUUCUGUUGACAACUAUAGUUUAGAGAAUGCCAAAAUACCUCUUCAUAUACUAAUAAUCUUAACAAAAUUCCUGUUGAACUUUACCACACUGUGUGCACUGGAAGUUUGAAAAUACUUUAUUUUCAAUAAUUUGCUUUUUGCAUUAAUGAAAUUUUUUCCUACUCCCUAUUGCUAAUGAUUUUUUUGUUUGCUUUAAAAACAAUAUUUUACUCUGUACUAAAAAUGUCUAUAAUAGGAAGUAAACUGAAUCCAUGGGGAAAAUUGUAGGAAAGGAUGAAUCAUCCUGUUGUAUCUGAAUGCUGUGAGUGCAGCUAAGACUGUCAGAUGUAUGUUCAUGUUCUAGAAGACUUUGGGUUGUGUACUGCUUUUUGUGCCUUUGAAUUCAGUAACUCUUCAAAUGUUGAUACCUAGCAAGUUGACCUGUCUGAUGCUACAUGUAGCAGACAGUACUAAAUGUAUCUUUGAAUUUUUAAGAGGAUGAUAUUGGCAAUUGUUGUUAAGGUAAAAACUAAUUAGCCCUGAACAAAAUAGACCACAGAAUUAGGUUUAUGUAAAAGCAUUAUUGUGAAAAGCUAGAUUUUUUUUAGUUAAGCUUAAUCUCUGAUGUUUUUGGGGUUCCUUGUCCUCCUGCUCCCCUCACCACCAUGUAAUCAUGAAGCAAUAGACCACAUCCCACUGAACUCAGCAGUACAAAGUUCCCAUUAACUCCUUGACUGGGGGAAUUGGCUUCUGUAGCUGCCAGGGAAAAUGUCUGUUUUCCAAGGCUUUGUUAUCAGUAUUAACAUGCAAAAAGUGAAAGGAAGACAAAUAAUGCUAUUUAAUGUGAAGCAGUUUGUGGUGGUUUUGGGAAUUCAAAGCAAGAAAAGUCGAUAGCUGACGAUGAGAAAAACAAAAUAAAACCUAAAGCACAGCCUUUCUGGCUAUGGCAGUAAUUGUCAAUAAGUGGCCACCUGCUCCUCUGUUUUACUUUUCAUAUAUAAAAGGAGAACAUGGCGUUUCCAAAAUGAACUGUCGUACCUGUACAAACGUGAAAGGGUAGCAGAAAUGUGACAUCACUAAAGUAGAAUUAAGGAGCAAUGGGUGUUUUGUAGACAACAGGAACACAGGCUUCUAAAAGACUAUGUAGCUUUUUUCUUUGUUUGUAUCCUACCUCUUAAAUUGUAGAGUCCCUUUGUGCUGUAUUAUUUAAUUCUGAGUAGAUUUUAUCCAAUACUUAUAGGAGCUACAUGGUCUUUGUGAUGCAAUGUUCCUUCUUGGAAGCAGGAACUCAAUUUCUGAACUGAUCUAAACCUUUCCUUUAUAAUUCUUUAUUCCGGUUUUAUUAGGUGGUACAAUGCUGAUUUUAGGGCAUAUGCAUGAAGCUGUUGUAUGCAUGGACUAUGCACAUCUACCUAUACAUGAGCAUCUGUCACCUGAAAGAAAUGUAUGUAUAUAUGUAUAUAUAAAUGCCAAAACAGAGAGAUGGAAAAUCAAGACCCAGCUAAAACUGUCUGAAUAUUCAGAAUUUAGUAGUGGGCCUGUGUGGCCUAAAGUUGUAACUUAGCAGAGGAACAAAAAAGUUGAAUUCUCUGAUUUUAUCCAGCUUAUGUUAGGGGGCACAAGCCCUCCAAAAAGUUUGAAUUUCCUGCAAAUUGCUGGGUAGAUGGAUUUUGGAUUUUCUUUUAAAAAACCAUCCCCAUUCUUGCAUAGAUUGUAAUUAAUUUUUCAUGGCAGACACUCAUGUACCAAAAUUGAAGGUUGUGGUGGUUUUAGCUGAUGUAAAAGUUUUGUUACAAAACCUUCCCAGAAAGGGAAAGAAAGAAAGAAGUCAAAAAGCGAUAGUUUUUGUGAACAGAAGAAAAAUAAAAAGGAAAUGGAGUUUGAGCAAAAACUUG